AUGUAUGGAGAAGACAUUGGGGAGUAUGAUGUUGUAGAUAUAGAGUACUCUGUCUUCAUGUUACAUCGAGCUACUGUUCUCCACUGCUGUAUGCCUGGGUUUGCCCGACUGGAAGCUGUCAGCAUCAAGCUUCAUUUCUUCCCAUUCAAUGACUACAUCCUGGUAUUUUCACCUGGCCACCUGCUACACUUGCUGAAUGUUGCAGCUGAGUUUGAACCCUGCCACCACAUCGUCUGGCAUGGCCAAGGUGUACCAGACCUUCCCUCUGCUUCAACAGAUGGACCCUCCCUAACCACCUUCUUAAGGGAGCGAACAGGUCUGUGUGUGUAUGACUGUGGGCAGGACGUAGCGUACCGAGUGUCGGUGAGUAAGGACGGGCUGGCGGACGUGUUUGCAGAAUGUUACCUGCCCAGCACCAGACUGGCCAUCAUGCACUAUGCCGCGGUGCACCACAAGGACUCAUCACUAUCCAAACUGCUGGUGAGUAAGAUGUGCAACGACAUCGGGAGUCCGGAAGUCUCAGGCCUUCUGACAGAGUUCCUGGUGGGAACGACGUACAACGCCAUGCGGAGACAGCUGGACAUGCGCAUCCUCCCCCUGCUGCAGUUCACAUCCACAGAGACAGGGCGGGGACAGCUGGAGAAGAAUGAGAAAGGACAGCAGUUGGCCAGAAUUACCUACAACAGUAUGAGGGACUUUGUUCAGAUGAAGUACUCUAAAGUAGACAAGCCCCAGUCAGAUGGGAACUUCUGGGAACACCUGAGGUACAACCUGCAGAAACAGAGCAUCGCUGACAUGUGGCCGAGGUUCAACACUGCCUCACUCCAGCAACACAUCACAGCAGCCAACCUGGAGGCUGCACUCGCUGAGGAUCAAGUGGAAGGCAGAGGGAGGUCCUCAUCUCUGCUGAAGAGAAUAUCAGACAGUGCCAGAAGGGCGAUUUCUGGAUCGUCCACACCGAGAAAAGGUUCCCUGGGUGGCUAUGCAGUACUUACUUUCCUAAAUCCCGCUGAAAGAGACUUGGAGCAAGACCGGGUCGUAGGCAUGACGGUGGAACACCUGACGGACCACCUGUCCCGUUACCUGCCCAGGGAGACCAGGGUCAAGGUCUUCAACGUGGCCCGCGAGUUUGUCAGCUGCCAGUUACAACAAGCCAAGCAGCUGCUGCAGUUCAUCUGGAUAUCACUAGGGUUCCCUCAUGAUGGCUACCUCACAUCCAAUGUAGGUGAGCCGGGUGUCCAGGCUGAGAGUGAACUGUUCCAUAUGACUGAGAGGUUCUACAUGGCAGCACAGGAGCUCUGCUUCCCUCUGCCUAAUGGUUUUAAGACAUUCUUCACGACCCUGGGGUUCCGUUGCCUGGACAGCCACGUGUUCCUGCAGUAUGUGGACAGGGGAGUGCUGCACUUCACUGAUGACUUCAGGGACAUGGUCAUGGAAGAUCUUGGAGAUGACAGAGACAGUAGUGAGAUGAAGCUGAACAUUGUCUCCAGGCUGCCAAAGAGACAGGCACUGACGGGCUUGCAGCAGUGGAAUCAUCCAAUCAGCACCAGGUUUCUAUCCAAGCAGUACGUGUCUGGCCUCCUGUUAGAAGGAGAGGACCUUGGUUGGGCCAGCCAGCCCAGAAGGGUCAGCCUCACAGACUCCUACUCAACUUCCUCCAGCCAAGACAGCAGUGAGGAGGACUCAGUAGAUGCCCACGUUCACUUCCCUCCACUGGCCACACUCAUGAAACUGCUGCAGAUGAAAGAGCCCAACACGAAGCGGCACGGCCGUUCUGGCCGGUAUGUUGACCUGAAGUUUGUGGAGCAGUCGGCACUACAGCAGACCAAGCAGGAGUACGGAACCAACCUGUCCAAUGUGUCAUUUUAAACACCUAAAUCUGUGUGUAUUGCUGCUCAGUUACAAAAUGUACGUAAGUGUAAGUACUAUCUAGUAUUCAUAUUUGCCACUAACCAAGAACCAACCUGUCCAAUGUUUCCUUCUAAACACCUAAAUCUGUUAAUUUUAAUGCUGCUCA